AUGGCUAUAUUAGGUCAUCAUAUACUUGCUUCAUUGUUUAUCUUUUUUUUCUUAACUAAAAUUCGAAAGAGGUUUUCACUGGUCGAGAUCAUCCUAUGUAACCGGUUGCAGCGCUAUUUACCACCAUCGAGUGCUGCUUUAAAACAAGCAUCCCAGUCCCAUUCUAUACGUUCAGUGAAAAAUCGAAAGCGUAAACAUCCCCGAGAUGAAGAAUCUGAUGCUUUGGUAUCGAAAAAAAUAGAAUUAGAUUUGAUGUCAAUUCCGGUGGAUAUCGCUGAUUUGCAACGUUUACAGUUUUAUGAAACAUUUAUGUGGUCUGCAGAAUUUCUUGGCUUUACUGUGAUAUCCUACAUCACAAGCGAAGUCAUAUGUUUUGUCUUUCCUAGCAAUACAGAUUUUAAUAUUUCCAUUAUAUGGUUACUCCUGUCGGCAUUAACUGUAGUAGCGGCCACAUACUUUACAAGUAAUGUUGCCAUUGGAGAAAGAAAUUUGGUCAUUUCAAUAGCGUCUUUAUUUUUUUUAUUCUCUUUAAUCUUAAUCAUGUUCGCCGAACGUCUCUUUGAUAUGCCCGUGAAUGAAGCAUUCGAUUCGCUGAAGAAUGCAACGGCAAAAUUUAUGUCGGAGAGUCAAGUUCCAGAUUAUAUGUCUCAACAUUCGCCACUUCUCUUUUUCAUCUCUUUGGCGUUCAUGUUGGCUUUUUUUGCUGCUCUGCUUGUUUUUCCUGGUUUUAGAUAUGCGCGUAUGUAUUCUGAUGUUGUUAAAAAUGCUGAACGACCUCUUGAUAGGAUGUUAUAUCACCUUACUUUUAUGUCGCAAUUUUUGGCAUUGUUUUUAUACUCUCAUCCUGCAAAGAACUACCUGGUUUAUGGACCUAAGCGAUUAUUGAAUGAAUCUCAGAUGGAUACCCUGCGUAUAUAUAUCGUUAUUCUAACCGCAUUGUUGCGCCUUUUCUUAUAUCGACCUCAUUUGCAAUCAUUUCUGGAUCAGUCUCUGAUUGCCCUUUCUAAGAUUCAUCGUGAAAGUGGUUGGAUCAAAACAUCAGUGCUGCAAAUGAAGAUACAACGUUAUUUUUAUUUUUUCAAUGUUGCUGCUUUGCAUUAUUUUGUGCCACCUCUUCUGCCGGUGCUCUAUGCUUUAAUAUUGAAAACAACAUGUGGUAUUUCAUGGAUUGGGAUGAAUCAAGAGACUGUUAAUUCACAAAUACUGUCCACAAUUCCUGCAGGGUCAUUACGAACGCUACUAAGUGCCACCGUACAUCGAGGAUUGUGGACAGUCUUAAUUGUUGCAUCCCUUGGGACCAAUGCAGCAUUUGCCUUAAUGGGCCUUAUUUACGCUCAUCGUUUCGAGUGGUCAUAA